UUAAACUCCCAUAGAGCAAAAAAAACCCAAAAUUACAUCAAAUCAACCGCUUUUCGCCGUCUAGGUUUCCGAGCUGAAUCUGGUUUCGAUCCCGGCGAAUUCUCGUUCCCCGAAUCCUCAAUUCCUCCGAAAUUUCCGGCGACCAUGAGCGCUUCUCCCGUGACCGGCGACCCGCAGAGCAACCCGGACACGGUCUCGACAUCGAUCGUCGAGACGGUGAACGGGUCGCACCAGUUCACGAUCAAGGGUUACUCGCUCGCGAAGGGCAUGGGACCAGGGAAGUAUAUACAGAGCGACGUAUUCGUCAUCGGCGGCUACGACUGGGCGAUCUACUUCUAUCCCGACGGGAAGAACCCGGAGGACAGUUCCGUGUACGUGUCGGUGUUCAUCGCUCUGGCGAGUGAGUCUAAUGACGUUAGGGCUUUGUUCGAGCUCUCGCUUGUGGAUCAGAGCGGGAAAGGGAAGCACAAGGUGCACAGUCACUUCGAUCGGGCGCUCGAAGGAGGGCCUUAUACGCUCAAGUAUAAGGGGAGCAUGUGGGGGUACAAGCGGUUCUUCAGAAGGACAACCUUAGAAGCCUCUGAUUUCUUGAAGGAUGACUGUCUUGUAAUCAAUUGUACUGUUGGAGUUGUUAGAACUCGUCUUGAGGGACCAAAGCAGUAUCACAUUCCCUUACCCCCAUCAAAUAUGGGUCAGGGAUUGAAAGACUUGUUAGAUUCUGAAGUUGGUUGUGAUAUAGCUUUCCAAGUGAGAGAGGAAACAUAUAAAGCGCAUAAACUGAUUCUUGCGGCACGCUCACCGGUUUUUAGAGCUCAGUUCUUUGGAUUAGUUGGAGAUAACAGUGUGGAUAGAAUAGUAAUAGAUGACAUUGAGCCUUCAAUCUUCAAGGCAAUGCUCAACUUCAUCUACACUGAUGAACUUCCUGAUGUGAAUGAGAUUACGGGCUCAGUUUCUCCCAGUUCAUUCACGAACAUGGUACAGCAUCUUUUGGCAGCUGCUGACCUAUAUGAUUUGGGGAGACUGAAGAUAUUAUGUGAAGCAGUGUUAUGUGAGCAUCUCAAUGUAGAUAAUGUGGCAACAACACUUGCACUGGCUGAACAACACCAGUUUUCGCAGCUCAAAACCUUUUGCUUGAAGUUCGCUGCAUCAUCAACAAACUUGGGAGCUGUUAUGCAGUCCGAGGGGUUCAAGCACUUGGAAGAGUGUUGUCCGUCCUUAUUAUCUGAGUUGUUGAAAGCGUAUGCAGCAGGUGAUGAUGGUUCGAACGGGCAGUUAAGCAAGAAAAGAAGUGGGAGCAGUGUGAUGGGAUGUGAUCUGACUCUUGGGACAGUUAUAUCGGAAGCACUGAAUCCAAAUACGAGACGAGUGAGACGGAGAAAUUAGGACAGUGAAACCUGGCUACGUGUCGCAACAAAAUGAUAAAAUACUCGCUGUAGCAAUG